AUGAUAUCACCAUGCUACAUAGGCGACAAGGGUGUAAGCACUCCCCAAAGUAAGUCGAGAAACAUAGCAGUAAGCCAGCCAGUCCCCAAGCUAUCCUGCUUAACGAAAAAAUGCUCUUGUGGUAUUGUAGGCCAACCGCAACAUCAGCACAACUACUACCACAAUGCCCAACAACAACAUUAUGCGAAAGGACCGAAGCUUAAACUGGACGAUUUCCAACUGUUACGCACAUUGGGAACAGGAUCGUUUGGUCGAGUGCAUUUGGCUCAAUCGCGACAUAAUGGACGGCAUUACGCUAUCAAAGUACUUAAAAAAUCGGAGGUUGUAAGACUGAAACAAGUGGAGCACACAAACAACGAAAAGCAUAUUCUCGAAGCCGUGGGUUUUCCAUUUCUGGUAAACUUAUGGGGAACGUUUCAGGAUGACACCAAUUUGUACAUGGUGAUGGAUUACGUACCCGGGGGUGAAUUAUUCAGCAUCUUGCGACGAAAAAAGCGAUUCCCAGAUCAAAUUGCCAAAAUGUAUGCCGCUGAAGUGGUGCUGGCCAUUGAAUAUCUUCACAGCAAAAACGUGGUAUAUCGUGAUCUGAAGCCGGAAAAUCUUUUAUUGGAUCGACAUGGUCAUAUCAAAAUCACAGAUUUUGGAUUUGCUAAAUAUGUCCCUGAUGUCACCUGGACGUUGUGUGGCACGCCAGAUUAUCUAGCGCCGGAAGUGAUUCAAUCAAAGGGUUACGGCAAGGCCGUGGAUUGGUGGAGUUUGGGUAUUCUUAUUUUUGAAAUGUUGGCUGGAUAUCCUCCCUUCUAUGACGACGAUCACUUGAAACUGUAUGAAAAGAUUUUGGGCGGAAAAAUUCGAUGGCCCGCCUAUUUUGAUCCGCAUGCCAAAGAUUUACUGAAACGACUGUUGACACCGGAUUUAUCUCGCCGAUUUGGUAAUCUCAAAGAUGGGGCUGAAGAUAUCAAACGACAUCGAUGGUUUGAAGGCAUUGAUUUUGCUGUGGUGGCACGAUGUGGUAUGGCGAUGCCUUUUAUUCCUCCUGUAAGCCAUGACGGUGACGCGAGUAACUUUGAUGUAUAUGACGAGACGACUGAACAGUAUGGAGCACCAGCGCCUGAUAUCUAUAGAGAUAGAUUCCCUGAUUUUUGA